UCCUUGGGCCCUCCCGAAUUUUCGUUUAAUUAAGGUCAUCCCUACACCGCCUACCACCAAAUUCCCCAGAAUCGCAUCCUACAUUCCUACUCAUUUGCAGCGUCAGUCAUCCCCUCAUGGCGAACACACCAUUCCUGCUAGAAUCCACUUUCAAUCUCAACCCUUUGCUCCAACAGACCUUCCAUUUCCCCCCACUUCGCUCUCCCCUAAUCAAAUUCUCAUCUGGCGACAAUAAUGCUUUCAAAUCAAACUACACUCCUUACAAGAUGAUCAGACAUUACCCCAAAAUAAGAACUAAACGCUUCUUUAUUAUCCCCAAGCCCAAAGGGGAAAACGGCAUUGGUGGAAACAGUAUUCGGGAGGUUAACGACUUGAAAGCGAGUGGUGUAAAUGAAGUGAUUUGGAGAUCAAUAAAAAAUGUCGUGAAGGCCUUACAAAAACCGGUCACAACUGGAGUUUUGUUGGGUUUGUUGUUGCUUUACGAUCAUCACCAUGGCUGCGUUGCGUUGGCUGCUUCCGGUGGAGUUGGGCCAGCGUUUGGAGUUAGGGCAGCGGUUGGACAUGACUUAGGUUUUUGCGCGAUCAUGAUGAUAUUUGCGGUGCUGGCUUACCGAAUUCUGACUAUUAACAAUAAAAUAAGUGUUCUUAAGCUUCAGGUUGGAUUGUCGGAUACGGGUAAAGCACUGCAAACGGAUCUCAAUCGGAUUGCACAGAUAAAGGAUCACAAUCUGGUUUUUCAGAUAUAUAAUACAUACGAUCGUGAGGAUUUGAGCUACAUAUUACAAGAGACAACACUAGCUCUACUUCAGCAUCCUGAAUAUUGCAUCUCUGGUUAUUCCUCUGCAUCAACUUCACCUGUGCAUAAUGGGAGGAGUGUAGAGGAAGUUGAGAACCUAUUUGAUCAACUUUCCAUUGAAGAAGGGGUAAAUUUCAUGUGGAUACCCUAGUCAAUGUCAACAACAUCAAAAUGCGACGUACAAAAACUCAAAGAGAUAAAGACUUCCAUAAAGAGUAUAUUGUGAUUACAAUCAUUGUGGCUGCUAAAGGCGGACAUAAACUGCCUCCCAUAAAUAGCAGUGCAGAAUUAAAGGAAGCAUUGCAAAAACUGGCGACUAUCCCUUUGAAUAGUGUUGAGGCAGUGGCCGUGUUUUUGACCCCACAAAAUGAAAACGAUACUUUUAUGGAACAAAAGUUUCUUGAAAAUUAUCCGCUUUUGCACCCUCUUUAGGAUGUCACCCUAAGGUUGAAACAUGUGGGAUUCGAAGCACCUCUACAUUUUGGACUGUUAAUAUUUGGAUAUGUUUGUUUUGAAAUCAUAGUUAGACAUACAUUUUAUUGAAGCUAAGGAGAGUUAAGUAAUUUAUAUUUAUUCUCAAUUGGCCCCCCUAUUUCUAACUGCUGAUCCACUGACCUACGAAUCUACUACUUUGUUAGGUGCUAGUAUUUAGUUGGUGCUACUUUGUUGGGUGCUAGUAUUUAGUUGGUGCAAACUGCUGAUCCAGACUUGAGAUCUACUGAUAUGAUGGUUUGCGGGGUUUGGUGACUUUUUAAUUUUUUUUUUUGAAAGCAGUCUUGACUUCGACAUUGACAACUUCCAAAAAGUUGUAUUUUAUCAACCUUAUCCACUUUGUGAGAAUAAAUAGAAGACAUACUCCAUAUUUUGGCUCUCUUUGAACACACCAUAUACUCUAUAAACACUACUAGAAACUUGAGUUUCAG